AUGCCAAAAAUACCUUACAAAGCGGAAAAGUGCCAAGAAGAUGAUGAAGACUACGAAAUAGUUUCAUUUGAGGAUUUUUGCGACAAGUCACCGGGAGCGAAAACAGAUUUAUUAACACUAAAUGACAAUAUUAACUAUCGGCUUUACUAUGAAAGCGAUAAAGGUUCCAAUUUUGCUGAAUGCGGCGAACCAUCUUCACGAGAUGUAGGCAUGCACACAGAAACAUCUCUUAGUGGCCCAAAGAAUGCCUCUUAUAAGAGAAAGUUAUCUUUUGCCCCAUUUGGAAGGUCUGACAAAUCUAGCAGAGGUUCUCUUUUUAGCGGCGUUAUUCCAAAAUCAAAAAAUGAAGGUGAAUCUUCUAGGGAACAUCGGUACGAGAGGUUCUCUAAUCGCCGUGGUCUUGCAAGUCGUAUUUGGGAAUAUUUAGGCAAUUUGUUCCCGGGAAUGGUGGCCACCGGGUUACUAAUAGCACUGUGUGUUGGCGCGUGGUGGGCGGUGGGCGGCGCUCUGGGCGGGGGAUGGGGUGACGAUCAUUAUAGGAGGUUAUGGGAACGCGCACACCCUGAUGAUGUAAAGAAACCAUUAUCACCUAUCAUAGAAAAGGUUGUCCCAACAGAAAACCGCUACCAUGAUCACAACAACCUGUCCACAAAGAACAAAAUAAACCUAACUGAUGUGACUCGUAAGAAGGACUUCAAUAAAAAGAGCACGUACACCGAAAGGCCCAUAGAAGUGUUAAGGGAGAUGUGUUCGCAAGUACCUGAUACAAUGCGGUUCGAUUGUCAUUCACAGACCGGCGCGAGUGAGGAGGAAUGUCUUAAACGAGGUUGCUGUUGGAAGUCAACAAGCAUGAAAGGAGCCCCAUUCUGCUUCUAUCCACCCCAAUACGAUACAUACCACUUUGUGAAUAGCACAGAGAACAAACACGGUAUGAGUGUGUACUACGCGCGGGGCAGGGACGCAAUGUAUCCCGGACAGUUCAAUACGGCCAGGAUGGACUUUUAUUAUUUGUCUGAUGAUAUCCUGCAAAUUAAGAUAACAGACGCAGAGCACCGUCGGUUCGAGUCGCCAUUUCCCGAAGUGCCGGUAGUGUCGGGACCGCUCGUGGGCGUGAAGUACCGCGUCGUGGUCGAGAGCAGCUCGGUCGGCUUCAAAGUUGUGCGGAACUCUGAUAAUGUUACUAUUGUAAAUACUCAAAAUGUCGGUGGUAUCAUCUUGUCGGACAAGUUCUCGCAAAUAUCGUCUAUCCUGCCAACUAGCCACGUGUACGGUUUGGGAGAGAAGCAGGCGGCCUUCAUGAACGAUUUCAACUGGAACACGUUCACUUUGUUCAACAGAGAUGUAGCGCCUACCGAGAAUGUGAACUUAUAUGGGUCUCACCCUUUCUAUUUGGCACUAGAAAGCGACGGCAACAGUCAUGGAAUGUUUCUGCUUAAUUCCAAUGCUAUGGAUAUUGUGCUACAACCAACUCCAGCCAUAACUUACAGAGCGAUUGGUGGUAUUUUGAAUUUCUAUGUGUUUUUGGGCCCGACUCCCAAAGACGUAGUGUCUCAGUACACUGAAAUCAUCGGACGACCCUUCAUGCCUCCAUAUUGGUCACUAGGCUUUCAUUUGUGCAAAUUUAACUACGGCAGCUUGAAUGUCACUAAAGAUGUGAUGCAAAGGAACAUAGACGCGGGCAUACCUUUGGACGUGCAAUGGAACGAUCUAGACUAUAUGCGGAACAGCAACGACUUCACGUACGACACGGACAAGUUCGCCGGCCUGCCGCAGUUCGUCGACCGCCUGCACGAGAUGGGCAUGCACUACGUUGUACUUAUUGACCCAGGCGUGAGUGCUUCAGAGAAACCCGGGGAGUACCCGCCUUUCGAUCGAGGGCUUGAUAUGGAUGUUUUCAUAAAAAACUCAACAGAUCAGCCGUUUGUUGGGAAAGUCUGGAACCCCAAGUCCACAGUAUGGCCAGACUUCACUCACCCGAACGCUUCUGCCUACUGGAAAGAGAUGAUGGCAGAUCUUCACAAAAAAGUUAAAUAUGAUGGCGCUUGGAUUGACAUGAAUGAGCCAUCCAACUUUUUAUCUGGGUCUAUGUAUGGCGAAUGUGAGCCUGAGGAGCUUCCAUACAAACCGGUAGCGAUACCUCAAGAGGGAUUGAAAUACAAAACGCUGUGUAUGGACGCCCGCCAUUAUAUUUCUACACAUUAUAAUUUACAUAAUGUAUAUGCUAUUAGUGAAGCUAUUGUUACUCAAAGCGCGCUGCAGGAGACGCGCGGCAAGCGGCCGUUCGUGUUGUCGCGCGCGUCGUCGCCGGGGCUCGGCCGCGCCGCCGCGCACUGGGGCGGCGACGUGUUCAGCAAGUGGCACGACAUGCGCAUGUCUAUACCCGCUCUUCUAAGCUUCAGUCUGUUUGGUAUUCCGAUGAUGGGUACAGAUAUCUGUGGUUUCAAUGGCGACACCACGCCAGAGCUGUGCAAGAGAUGGAUGCAACUUGGAGCUUUCUAUCCCUUUUCCAGGAAUCAUAAUACUAAUGAUGCUAAACCUCAAGACCCAGUAAGUUUAGGUCCCGAAGUGGUCCGCGCGAGUCGACAAGCGCUUCUGAUGAGGUAUCGCCUACUGCCCUACUACUAUACGUUGUUCUGGAGAGCACACGUGUACGGAGAGACUGUUGCUCGACCUCUGUUCUUUGAGUUCCCAGCGAACAGUGAGGUGCGCGGCAUCGACCAGCAGUUCCUGCUGGGCGCGCACGUGAUGGUGGCGCCGCUGCUGCGCGCCGGCGCGCGCGCCGCCCGCGCGCUGCUGCCCGCCGCCGCCUGGUACAGCGCGCGCGACGGCCGCCUGCUCGCCGCUGACCAGUGGCGGGAUCUCGCUGAGGACGAUAUGGUCGCUGUCAGGGCAGGCGCCAUCCUCCCGCUACAAGAGCCGCCGCGGCGCGGGCCGGUGAGCACGGCCACCACGCGCUCGGCGCCGCUGCAGCUGCUGGUGGCACCCGCCGCGCGCGCCGCCGGCGACCUCUACUGGGACGACGGGGAUAGCGUCAACACAUACGAAGAAAAGAAAUACAGCUACAUAGAAUUCACAGCUGUAAAUAAUGAAUUAACAAGUUGUGUUCAAUGGUGGGGUUACGGUGUGCCAUCAAUAAACUCCAUAUCUGUCCUGGGACAAACAAACGCAACUAAAACCGUCACAAUAAACAAUUCGACAGUACAAUUCACAUAUAUAUCAGAGACACAGGUAUUACUCAUACCCAAUAUUACUCUAGCUCUAGAUAAGCCGUUCAGUGUGAAAUGGACCUAU